GGGCGUGGCCAUACCGCUGUCCUGGCGGUCACUGGAGGUGUGGGCGUGGCCGGUAUGGCUAGGGGGCGUUGCUGUGCUUCCAGAGAGUUCUUGGAGUAAUUAAAGGGACCGGAUCCGGGUGCGCUGCAGGCAGAUACCGGGAGCGCUAGAAUAGCAAAAAUGGUGAAAGAAACUGGUUAUUAUGACCUGCUAGGGGUGAGGCCCAGCGCGUCUUUUGAUGAGAUAAAGAGGGCGUUCAGGCGGCUAGCGUUGAAAUAUCACCCAGACAAGAACCCCAGUGCGGGGGAUAAGUUUAAGCAGAUCUCAAAAGCACAUGAAGUUCUGUCCGAUAAAAUCAAACGGGAGUUGUAUGACCAUGGUGGGGAGUCUGCUGUGAAGGGUGGCAAUGUCAAUGACGGCUGCAGUGCAGAUACUGCCAUGGGCAGCCUAUUCAAUCUCUUCUUUGGAGGCAAAACCAGGGCGUGUGGCCGGGCUGGAAGAGGAAAAUCAGUCACUCACAAGUUGUCUGUUACGUUGGAGGACCUGUAUAAUGGCACCACACGGAAGCUGUCUCUUCAAAAAAAUAUGAUCUGCCCUAAAUGCAAAGGAUGUGGUGCGCGGCAAGAAGCUGUGACUAAAUGUGUAAAGUGCCAUGGAUCAGGAAUGGAGGUUCACUACUUAGGGCACAUACCUGGAGUGAUGCACUCCAUACAGACCAUGUGCUCAGAGUGUCAGGGACAAGGCGAAUGCAUCAGACCACGGGAUCGGUGCCACGGAUGCAACGGCAGGAAGGUGACCAGGCAAAAGAAGAUCUUGACAGUGCACAUAGAUAAAGGUAUGAAGAGUGGACAAAAUAUCAUAUUCCAUAAUGAGGGCGAUCAGGCUCCUGGCUUAGAACCUGGUGACAUUGUUAUCAUUUUGGAACAGAAAUCUCACCCGAUCUUCCAGCGUAAAAUCCACGAUCUGCUGAUGAAGAUGGAGAUCGAGCUGGCAGACGCACUCUGUGGCUGCAAGCAGUUCGUUAAGACCCUGGAUGGCAGGACUUUGCUGGUUACAUCACAAGCAGGUGCUGUGAUCAAACCAGGAGAUACCAAAUGUAUUCCCAAUGAGGGGAUGCCCAUAUACAGAAGCCCUUUUGAGAAAGGAAAUCUCAUAGUACAGUUUCAGGUGAAGUUUCCAGACCCCGGAUGGAUUCCCAGGGAAAACCUGCCCCAGUUACACAACUUUCUACCAUCACGGACUGAGCCAAUCACAAGUGAUGUUACGGAGGAGGUUGUUCUGUCGGACUUUGACCCAUAUGAAGACUACAAGCAGAGAUGCAGGCAAGAAGUUUAUGAAGAAGAUGAACACCCAUGGCAGCAGAUUCCAUGCCAAACCUCAUAAUUUGAAACUUGACUUCUUCUUGUUGGAUAAAUUUGAAAGUUGGGAUGCUCGUUUUGUUUGUCUCCCAUUCUGGAUGUGAGCUGCUCCUGGCCAAAGGACAUGUUUUCUGGAAAAAGCCUAAAUAGCUGCGAAACUUGCAGUCUUCCAUCGUGUCUUCCAGAACCUAGUCAGGUGGAAUAAUGCUGGUCAGCUAGCUAAGCUUAUCAUAUCCCAUAGGGCCUGUGUCUAACAUUCUUGAUCACAUUCAGUGGAGACCUGGAUGUACCGAUGGUGCUACCUCCUCACAGGACACAGAGUAGAUGAGCAAGUGUCCUCUUAUGUCUUAUUUAUAGGAAUAUUGGAUGUAGAAUUUUCUGGAACCAGGUGUUUGUUCCAUACUGGACUAAUCAACUGUGCACUUUCAUAAACUGAUUAAGCUAGUUUGAGCCUCAUUGAUCAUAACAAGCCAUGUGACUUGCUCCUUUCUCCUACUGACCAAACUCAUCCAGAUAGAUAUAGUUAGCAUAGUCCUUAAACUAACAGUCUCAUUAUUCUUUGUUUAUCCAUGUGGAUGGAUGCAUUCCUCUCAUUUGCUCCUGGCAUUCGGCAUACAGGGUCCUUUUUCUCCUGGGCUUCUGCUGAUUUCUGAAGAUGCAAUGGUAGCAAUUAGCCACACGUCACCGAUACCUCAGUGGAUCUCAAUGAACAUUUCAAUGGAUGAUGUUAUUGCACAAUAGAACCAUUUAUCCCUUUGUAUUGGUUUGAAUUAAAUGAAAACCAUUUUCAAACUUCUCUUUCCACAUUCAUUGUUAUA